AUGUCCACUACCCCUCUCCUGCUUGUGACAUCACAAUGGAAGCAUGAUCACCCUCCCUUCGCUAUGUCAUAUCCGAGUCUGAAGAGCAUGAUAUUGCAACACAAAGACCUCAGCAGAGAGAUGGAUGAGCCCAUGGAGGAGCUGGAGGAAGUGCAACAGAGGUGGAAGGAGCAGCAGCAGCAGCGACUGCAGGAGCAGGAUAGCCGGCAGGUCCAGCAACAGCUGCAGAAAUCCCUGCAGCUGCAGCAGGAGCAGGAACAGGAACGGCAGGAGAAGGAGUUGUGGGAGGAGGAGGAUGUCUUCCUGGAGCAAGAGGACUCCCCAAAGCAGGACACCAUCAUGGAUGUUGAGGUGGCUGCCAUCAUGGAGCAGGAGGGACCAGAACAAACCUCUGUUGUUGCCAAUUGA